UACAUGAAGCUCAAGAUCUGAACCUGCUAUGACUGACCCAGACGUCGUCACUGAGGUCCCAGCAGCUCUCAAACGCCUUGCCAAAUAUGUGGUGCGUGGCUUUUAUGGCAUUGAACAUGCUUUGGCUCUGGACAUUCUCAUCAGGAACGCCUGUGUGAAGGAGGAGGACAUGCUAGAGCUCCUGAAGUUCGAUAGGAAGCAGUUGCGGGCUGUCCUCAACACCCUCAAGGGUGACAAGUUCAUCAAGUGCAGGAUGAGGGUCGAGACGGCUCCAGAUGGCAAAACCACCCGUCACAACUACUACUUCAUCAACUACCGGCUGCUGGUUAAUGUGGUGAAGUACAAGCUAGAUCACAUGAGGAGGAGGAUCGAGACGGAUGAAAGAGACUCCACCAAUCGCGCCUCUUUUAAGUGUCCCAUUUGCUUCAGCACUUUCACAGAUUUAGAGGCAAACCAGCUGUUUGACCCCAGGACAGGAACUUUCCGCUGUACUUUCUGUGAGACUGAAGUGGAAGAGGAUGAGUCGGCAAUGCCCAAAAAGGAUGCAAGGACACUCGUUGCAAGAUUUAAUGAGCAGAUUGAGCCCAUCUAUGCGCUGCUUCGUGAGACAGAAGAUGUUAACUUAGCCCGUGAAGUCCUGGAGCCAGAACCCACAGAGAUUCCUGCCCUCAAGCAGAGCAAGGAGCGUGCAGCUGGGGCUGGUUCAGGAGCAGCAGCUGGCCUUGCAGGUGGACACCAUCGGGAAGCAUGGAGUACAAAAGGACCAUCUUAUGAGGACUUGUAUACCCAGAAUGUUGUCAUCAGCAUGGAGGACCAGGAGGAUCUUAACCGGUCUGCAAGUGAAGGCAAGCCAGCCAGAGAGAGACCCAUCUGGCUGCGUGAGAGCACGGUGCAGGGAGCUUAUGACCCUGAUGAAAUCAAAGAUGGGGGCAGGGACCUGGAUGCGUUCCAGGAGCGUGAGGAGAGCCGGGCAACCCUGGAUGAUAACGAGGAGGUGAUGCGUGCCCUGCUCAUCCAUGAGAAGAAGACACCUUCUGCUUCAACCGUCACCGUCGGAGGUGCCGCUCCUCUCUCCGGGGGCAACGCUAGUGACUCCGAGAGUGAGACGAGUGAGUCGGAGGAGGAGUCCCCUCCCCGCCCUGCUGCCACGGCCACCACCACAUAUGGGCUGGAGGAGGAGGAGGAGGAUGAAGAGUUUGAGGUGGUGGCAGAAGACCCCACUGUCACGGUGGCUGGGCGUCCACACACUUACAGCCAAGUGAGCCAGCGCCCCGAGCUGGUGGCUCAGAUGACCCCGGAGGAGAAAGAGGUUUACAUAGCCAUGGGGCAACGCAUGUUUGAGGACAUGUUUGAUUAA